UUAAUGGUGGGCCGCGUGUCAGUCGUGAAUCGUCUCACGAUCGCGCACGAUACGCGAAGGUUUCACCCGCGCAGUGUCCGGGCCGGGAAUUAAUUUUUGGUGCCUCGAAUCCAUCCCGUCUGGAGGCUCUCUGCUGUGAUCGGAGAGAAUGUUCCGCGGCCGCGGUGCGGUUGGCCUGUAGAGAUCGCGCGCGCGUUACUCGGAGUCAAUCGUAGUGAGUGAGUUCCGUCGUUGUCGAGUGGGUCGUUGUGUAACGCACACGGGGCUUACGUAAUCCGGCGCACGGCGCAGGAAGGACCGUUUUCGGGGGGUGGAGUUUUGUUUCUGGGGUUUGUGGCCGCACAUCAAUCAUGGGUGUUAUGCUGUCGGUGCUAGUGGCGAGCGUCGGGGCGAUGGACCUCAUCUACUGCCUGGCGUACGUCUCGAAUCAGGUCACGGAGGGCCCCCCGCCGACGACGGACGAUGGGGCCGGGCUCGAGCAGUACCGGAAGGCGGUCAGUGAGCAGCUGACGGCUGCACCGCGGAGCACGAUCGAGGGCAUAACGGUCGCCCAGGAUGGGGUCCCGUACCGUGACGGCUACCGGGUGGAGCAGUUCGACGAGGCACGGCUCGAUGCGCUGGGGGUGAAAAUUCGUGACCUCGAACGGCGCAGCCAGGAGAAGGAGCAGCGGCUGGAGCAGCUGAACGUGGCGCUCCGCGAACUGGAGCGCAAGUCCGUCGAGCGGGAGCUCCAAGGACGCUCGAGGCCGGUUAGUCGUGCUCCGAGCCCGGAACGUCCGGAGUCCGGCACCGGCACCGACGUCCUGGUCGCGUCACCCACCCUACCACAGAUUGUGCUCGACGACGGUGGUGGUGGUGGGGCCGGUGCGGAGCCGCGUCCCAGUUCGAGCAAGUUCCGACCGAUCCGCCGGGACGAUGAGACGCGCCGGUCGGUGAAACGGCGUUCGGUCGCAUCGAACGCCUCGCAGGACGAUCGGGCCGAAGAGCUGCUGCUGCUGAGCCAGCUGGAGGAGGAAGAGGCAGCGCACAUGCAGGACUACGUGCCGCUGACGUACGCCCGGGACGAGCAUUCGGCGGCGGUCGAUGCGUUCGGGAAGCGCCACAAGAUCAGCCCGAUCCCGGAGCUGUGCCAGAUGCACGAGGACGAGGAUCGGCAGUGGGUCCCGGAGCGAUCGCCGGAGCCGACACUCGCGGCCAACAUCACUCGCCCGUGGGGUGACAUCAAGAUGGACGAGGUGAAGGAGCGGGCCGUCAUCGCACGUCGCUCGGCCCGAUCGCUCUCGAUCGAGGAAGUCGAAACGCCGCGCCACAGCCAGAGUGAAGGCGAAGAGGAGAGCCGACCGGGGCCGCAGCUGCGGGCCUGCGAGACGGUCCCGGCGAACCUGAGCCGCGCCUCGUCGCGCUCGGUCAGCCCGGACCACGCCGAGCAGCCGACGUUGCGCCGGACGACCAAGGAAACGGACCUGGCCAGCCUCCUGCUGCUGACGGUGCCGGAUGGCGCGGACCGCAAGCUUAUUUUCAGUGGCGAGUACACCAAAGCCAUGUCGAAGGACUGGCACUCGGGACACUUCUGCUGCUGGCAGUGCGACGAAAGCCUGACCGGCCAGCGCUACGUGCUGCGCGACGAGCACCCGUACUGCAUCAAGUGCUACGAGAACGUGUUCGCCAACGUGUGCGAAGAAUGCAACAAGACUAUCGGCAUCGACUCGAAGGAUCUCUCGUACAAGGACAAGCACUGGCACGAGGCGUGCUUCCUGUGCAACAAGUGCCGCAUCUCGCUGGUCGACAAGCAGUUCGGCUCGAAGGCGGACAAGAUCUACUGUGGCAACUGCUACGACGCCCAGUUCGCGUCCCGCUGCGAUGGCUGCGGUGAAAUCUUCCGUGCCGGCACGAAGAAGAUGGAAUACAAGACCAGACAGUGGCACGAGAAGUGCUUCUGCUGCUGCGUGUGCAAGACCGCCAUCGGCACCAAGUCGUUUAUUCCGCGCGAGCAGGAAAUCUACUGUGCCGGGUGCUACGAGGAAAAGUACGCCACUCGUUGCAUUAAGUGCAAGAAGAUCAUCACCAGCGGCGGGGUGACGUACAAGAACGAACCGUGGCACCGCGAGUGCUUUACCUGCACCCACUGCCAGGUGUCGCUGGCCGGACAGCGCUUCACGAGCCGCGACGAGAAGCCGUACUGCGCCGAGUGCUUCGGUGAGCUGUUCGCGAAGAGAUGCACUUCCUGUACCAAGCCCAUCACCGGUAUCGGCGGUACGCGAUUCAUCUCGUUCGAGGAUCGCCACUGGCACAACGAUUGCUUCAUCUGCGCCAUCUGCAAAACGUCGCUGGUUGGUCGCGGCUUCAUUACCGACGAGCAGGACGUCAUCUGCCCGGAGUGUGCCAAGCAGAAGUUGAUGUAAAUGUCGCCUGGCACCGGCGGACGGCGGAUGUCCGGCCUUUCGGUGACGGCAGACGGCGUCAAGGUGAACAAGGUUCAAGCGUUGAUCCUUUACACUCAGGCCCACUGUAACCCACAUUGCAGCGGGAGAGCCACAUUGCAGAGAUCGAGAGAGAGAGAGAGCGUGAGGUGAAGAGAGCACAGGGAACAAUAGGAAAUGUUAUCCUCCGACCAGAGAGCGAGCGAGCGAGAGAGCAAUCAUCCCCUUUCAUUUUAACGGUCCCCCACACGAACGAUCGCAAUCCUUUUCCUAGUGACGCAGCGCUUACGGCGUGGCUUACGUGUGUGUAUUUGUUUUUAUGUUGUGCGUGUUUCAUGCUGCUUUCCUACCAACCGGCCCCCCACCCGGUGGGUUUUGAGUUCCUCCUUUUGCCUCCGAUCCGGUGUGGGAGAUUAAAGUAUUCUACUGUGCGAGAACCACGUGCCUUCAUCGGGGACCGCAUUUGAACAAUGGAAUUAAUGCGCGAGCGCCCCCCUUCGUCGCCGCGCCUGUGUGUGGGCAUUACACGUUUCAGUUACAAAAUUAUGCAAAUUAGCCGGAGGUGUUAGAUUAGGUGGCUGAGAGAGAGAAAGAGAGAUAGAGGGAGCGAGCCAGCGAACGCUAGUAGCGCAGCACAACGGCCUAUAUUCACGUGAAGAUGCCUUUUACGACACAAAUUGUCACCAACUAACGCCGUCCGGCCGCCACUCGCCGACGGGCGAUGGUCAGGAUGGCCGUAUGUAAGCGAGGACACGGUAGCGCAAACUGUUAUAAGUGUUUAGUUUGUCUUUUUACGAUAAGAAAGUCGUGGAACCUCGACACGCUUCUGUUCUAGCACCGCUUUCGCCGAAAACGCUGUUUAAGUCCUUCUUUUUCUCCUAGACGGUGUCGUACAUUUGAUUUGCUGUGGCCGUUUUCUUUUUGCCCUACAUUAGCAUAUCAAUAAUAUAUACGCGUGCUGCGCUGUGGCGAGAGCCAGCGGAUACUGAAGCUGUGUAAAUUUUGUGGACAAAAAUUAAAACAAAUGACUAGCAGGAACACCACCACGCACCAGCAGUACGGGUCGUCCAAGGAUCGGAGCGAAGAUCACAGUCACAGGCGACCGUUCAUGUAAUUCAACUAAUACCAUCGAACGACGGCGCGCUCCCAAUUACUCCCAUUUGCAUAGUAGUGUAAAAAGUAAACACAAAACAAGCAAACCAACAUAAAGCAGCAUAAAAGCAUAGAGAGAGAGAGAGCAUUAUUCGCGCUUUAACCUCGUCCUGCUUGUAGGUGUAGGAGCAUAUGUUCAUCUUUAAAUUAUUUAUUCGUUAACCAUAUACACCAUGUUCACUCUUCAUACAGACAAAACGGUGCGUAAUGAGAUCGACAUAAAAUUAAAAUGAUAUGAAAAAUAAAGAGAAAUAUAAAACGUACACAAACUACACACAACGACAACGCGAACCGGAGCCGUGACUGUGCGCGGUUUCGCGGACACCGUUUUAUGCGUUUCUUGGUUUCUGUUUGGCCUGUUCCCUUUCGUUUAAGGCAUGCGUUUGAGACGUAGGUCUCAAUAAAACAGAAGGAACAAAUAAGCGACACUUUCAAAAUUAAAUAAACAGGCGAUACCAGGGCCAUAUACCAUUCUGCGUUGCGCAGAAUCUGGGUCCUUUCGCACUUCAAUCUGCUGGUGGACCCAUAAUAUAAUAUCACUUGACAUAAUACUAUUUAGAAUACCAAACUGUGGCCUUUACUGUACUAUAUUACCGAUAGCGAAGCGAAGAGCGCCGUACAUUAUUGUGCCAAGAGCAACAAUGACUACUAGAUGUGUUACUAGUUAAGACGAGAUAGAUAAACCAAUGUAGCAGCACGGGGCGAGACUCUCGUGCAGCAAACGUGGCGGUCGUAACACCCCAGUUUGCACCCCAAGCAAGCGCUAACCUAAUUGAUAGUUGCGUUGAAUUGAAUGUUGCUAUGUGAAUGUGGCCAAUAACGGCAGGUUUGAAGCAUCAAUAAACUGUGACUCCUGUGUGCA